AUGAGUGUUCGACAGCGGUCAAAAGAUGUAUUUUCAAGAAUUACCAUGAGCUACACUGGAAAUAAAUUGCAUCGAUCAUAUUUCAUUCCAAUUUUUCUACAAUAUAUAUCAAUUGUAACAACAACAACAACGACAACAUUGGGCACAACCACGUCAACAACAACGUUGACCACAACCAUGAUUACAUCAGCAACAACAACAACGUUGACCACAACCAUGAUUAUAUCAGCAACAACAUCAACUCUUUCAUGUAAGCUUUGUCUAAUUUGA